UCUUAUUCUCGGUCCCUUCUUCUCUCGCGAAAGAUAAAAAGAAAUCACGGAAAGGGAGAAGCUUUUGUGUUCUUUCUCACAAGUAUCCAGAGAGAGACCUGGGAGCUAGCAGCCAUGCCUUUCGCUGCGUGUGUAGAGCGGGCAGCAGUACUAUAUUAGCUCGGCAUCACCAAUUACAGUGCUGGGUGUCCCCCUCCCUUUCUUGAAUUCUUCGUUUGUGAAGUCGGGUCGCUUUAGAUCUGCGGCGUCCUCCCACUUCCUUGGUACUUGAGUGAGUGGAUCGUACAACUUGCACGGCCAUUCCUAGAGGGAUGGAAGAGUGCAGUGAGUACAGAUGCUGGGAGGAGCUACUGCCAGAUGCCCUGGGCCUCAUCUUCCGCAACCUCUCCCUUCAGGAGAUGCUCACCGUAGUUCCCCGGGUUUGCAAAUCCUGGAGCCGGGUGGUCGCGGGGCCCUACUGCUGGCAGGAGAUCGACAUUCAGGAGUGGAGCCAGCAACAUAGCAAGCCUGACCAGCUCAUCCGCAUGGUUCAUACGCUCAUAGCUCGUAGCGGGGGCUCAUUCCGCCGCAUUAGCUUGUCCGGGCUUCCCAACGACUCGUUGUUCACCUUCAUCGCCGACCAUGCACGAUCUCUUAAGACCUUGGAGCUUCCAAGGAGUAGGAUCAGUGACUGCAUAGUGGAAGAUGUGGCACAAAGAUUGUCCAAUGUUACGUUCUUGGAUGUGAGCAGCUGCACCAAGAUCGGCGCCCGUGCUCUGGAGGCAUUUGGCAAGAACUGCAAAUCCCUCGUCGGACUUCGGCGAGUCAUGCACCCCAUAGAUGUCGCUGGCAAGCUUUGCCAGCAUGACGAGGCCCGUGCCAUUGCUUGCAGUAUGCCAAAGCUCCGCCAUCUGGAGAUAGGCUACAUGCUCAUCGCCACCAAGGCUGUUCUUGAGAUUGCCUCCCAGUGCCAUGACCUCAAGUUCUUAGACCUGCGUGGCUGCUGGGGCGUCGACAAUGAGUUCUUGCAGGAGAAGUAUCCUGGUCUGCAAGUCCUAGGCCCUUGUGUGGACGACUGCUACGAGAAUAGCUUCUGGGAGGAGUGCUCGGACGACUCGGAUGAUGACUCCAUCUAUUCAUGGGAGUUCAUGGAUGAUGACUACUAUGCCAUCGGGAGCGACGACGAGGGCAUAUGGGACGACGGCCAGGGUCUGGAAGGCUUAGAGGUGAGGUUCUACGGCGGAGUUGGUGAAGGCUAUGCUGGUUUUGAUUGGCCGCCGUCUCCAUGAAUGCCCGAUCAAGUUACUGAGAGAAGUGUCUGCUUGCUCCUGGUGCUGUGGUGCUCUUGUAUGUUUCAGCUUCUUCCGUGUUAUGUGUGUUUGUAACUGUGUUAUCUGUAGCUUGCAGAUAUUUGAAGUGAACUAUAAAAACUUUGGUGCUUCAUAAAGCAAAUCAAUGUCUGGUGAAAAUAACAGCAGAUGCGCUUACCAUCAUGUGUGUAGCAGUACUGUUUGUUUCUGCAGUUUUGCAAUGAACCCGUGCUUGUAAAUUGUUUUUAUAAUGUGGAGUAAUGCAAUCA